CAUAGCUGAAGAAUCAAAGCUCUGUGGGCACAGUGGGAGAGCUAAGUUGUUCUGUUGGGGAUGAGAUGGAGUGGUCCAACAACAGAUUGUACACAGGACCCCUGUCACGGGCAGCCCAGAAGGUCUUGGCUGCUCUGCGGGCCCAAAGUCUGCGUGGAGCCAGAUGCAACCAAAACUACUCCAGCAAUCGCAGACAAAGUCAGGCAGUGGAGAUGUAUAAUUGCAGCCAGAGGGAGUCUUGGGCUGACAGCAGCUGGAGUCAGGAGGAGAGAUGCACAUAUCAGCCCCAGGUGUCUUCCCUUUCCACCGUUCACUAUAAUUCCUCCAGUGAGAGGCAGAGCUCUCAGACCUUGGCCAUCUAUCAGUACUCACAGACACCAGACAGCUCCCUGUCAUCUCAGGCUUCCUGUUCUGCCUCCUCCUACUGGGAUUUCUCUCUCCAAAUGCAGACUGAAGCCUAUUAUCAGUACUCACAGACGUAUUCCCACAGAAAGUGCUCUGAACCCCCUGCUUACAAGUCCAGCCAGUCUCUGUCAUUUUCUCAGCAUGAGGUUCCUGAGACGCCAGCCGCUUUCUGUCAUGGAGACAGCUAUACCCUCUCCUUCCAAAUACCAGAGAGGCUCUCUGAACAGGAAACUACACCAUGGAAAAACUCAACAAAAGAAAUCAGACCACCUUUCAUCUUGAAUAUAUUUCCAGACGAUGAAGAUCCUGACAUCAUGCUUCCAACAACAGAACAAUCUAAUUGUCAUAAAGAGGAGCCUGCUGCAGUUUGUUAUCCAGUAUCGUCGUGCCUUAAAAUAUAUGAAGGGAGAGAAAGCAGGACAUCAGGUGCACAGACAGAAAAGGUUGGUAAAGACAGCUGGCAUAUUGCCACAAAACUACAAGACACCAGAGCUCCAGGAAGUCGAUUAAAAUGGAAGCAGCCUCUAUCUGACCCCACUGAAGCAGCCAGUGGUGGAGCAGGAGACAGAGUUGUGCUAUACCAGCAGUCAGAAUCUGAAACAAUCAACACUGGAAGGGUACAUCUACCCCCUAGCGUCUUUAUUACAAGACAGGAGAACUGUUGUGAUGCACAUUUGCCCAAGUUGAUGAAAAAUAUAGUUGGGAAGGAAGAUGAGGUGCUGAUAGCAGAUACAGAACAUAUCACUGAGCUGGGAACCAGACAGAUUUCAAACAUAUGCCAUGAAAUUCAAAACGCAGUAAAUGAAGCUGCAAGGAAAGAGAGAGAAAAUCGAGAUGUGAGUGUACUUCAUGCAAAAGGAUCUGCCUAUGAAAUGGAGCGAGUUGUGCCUGUGAGAACCAUUGAAGACACCACAGUUAAAAGCCAUUUGAACUCAUUAGACAUCAGAGACGAUUUUGUUGACAGUGGCACUAAAAGAGGAACACGUGGGGAGAAUGAAGAAAAUGGUUUAGAAUAUAUAGUCAGUGCCUCUGAAGUCAAAACUGAACACUUUCUUGAUACUGAGAAUAAAGCAACAACAGUUGAACAUGAAAAUCCACAGAAGAUCUCCAUAUCUUUAGGAAGUGGACUCCAGGAUGUGAGCCACUGCAACACUGAAAAGCCUCAGAACAAGGGUCAGAUUGGGACCAACACAGCAGAGAACGACCACACUCAGGAGCAGCCUGAGGCCAGGAGCGUCAGCCUCCAGGACAACAGUGCUGAAAACAUAGAAAAGACAGAGGUGAUGGAGGCCAAAAUGGAUUUUACAUUUAAGAAUAAAACAAUGGCAAACACUAAUCAUCAGAUGGCGCAGGGACAGUGUGAGACACAUGAUGGAAAACUUACAGAGUUUCUCGGAAUGGACACUGAAGAGGGAAAAGGGGGAGAAGACGGAGAGGCAGAGGAAGUGGCAGCUGUGGACAGUGAUGUUGAGAAUAAAUCUGCAGGGAAUUCAGAGGGAGAAAGGGCUGCUAUGCCAACAUUGUCCCAGGAGUGUGGGGCUAAUGGGUCGGGGAUUAGAGCUGCCCGUCUCAGUAGCAGCCAGCAGCAGCAUGACAAUGCAAAAACCACUAAUGGAAGCACCAGAGGGAGUAGCUUGAGCUUGAUAGUGGCCCCAACAAUCACUGCUGCGCCUGGACAAAACCUCUUCUCAGUGCAGGAAUUGACUUCAGCUGUUGUAGCACCGAAGAAAGAGUUAGAAAAUCGAAAACUAAAAAAUUCUCCACGUCAUCCUUGCGUGAAACUUUCCUUCCCCCUAAAGAGGAAACGUGAAGCAUUUCAGCACGAAAACACUGACCCUCCUGCCAAAAUCAGCCUAAGCAGACGCCCUCCAAAAUGGGAGCCUCCUCGAUCCUCACAAGAGAAACCAAGGGAAGGAAGAGUUAGGGAGUCAAAGAGUGCCAGAGAACCACAGGGGAAAGCAAGUCCUUCACAUGAAACAAGAGCAGUGUCUGGGGCGUGUACACAACUAGAUGCCUCAAACCCAACUCAGCAAAACAGGCAGAAUAAAAUGGAAAAACUAUCAAGGGAAUUACCAGGGAAGGCUUCCAUUCACCCCCCACUUUCCAAACCACGCAAACCCAAGCAAGCUGCAUGUGAAACUAACCCCACCACAAGUGGGCCCAAAGGUUUCCAAAAACUAGUUAAGAACAGUGAGCCGCCGACCCAAUCCAAAGCUGGCUGUCUGGCUGCAAGCUUGACAUGUGACUCUAGAGUAAAGUACUCUGGAAAACUUAAACCAGAUGAGAAGGUGCAGAUGCUUGAGAUCGCUGGGCAGGCUAAGGUGUUGGUGCUAACAAUGGUGUACCAAGAUGGAAGCACUCAGUUAGACGCAGAACAGAAGCUCACUCCACCAGCAUGUGGCCUCCUCAUACUAAUGAAGAACGAACUUGACUGCAGCACACCGGAGGGUGUGCUCGACCCAAACGACACUCUGGUCUACUUAAAACUAGAACACACACCUGCAUGGGCCCAACAACAAGUCCAUCAGAGCCAGGAGCUCUUUACUAGAGAUAUGGUGCUACAGGUGCUAUCGAGAUCUCAGCUGGUGGUGUGCUAUAAAUCCAAGGAUUUGCUUCGUACAGUUCUGCAGUUUUACAGACAAGACCUCAGCUGGAAACAAGUGGCAGGCUGUCAUAUCCAGGACCCACAGGUGUCAGGGUGGCUGCUGGAUCCCACAGACCCGUCCUCCUGCUAUCAGGAGCUUCUCCAUAAAUACUGCAAAAGACCCCACACAUUACCCGCCCUGGGUGCCCAGAAAGUUUCUCAGAUUAUUUCAGGUCUCUGUUGGCUCUACAGGCUUAAUAUGAAGCUAUGCUCUGAGCUACAUAGCCAAGGGCUGUGGCAGCUCUACUCAGAUAUGGAGCUUAACAUGAUCCCUGUUCUGGCAGCCAUGGAGAGCCACCGCAUCCAUGUUGAUAAGGAGGCACUAAAGAGAACUUCAGACUUGCUGGGGACUAAAAUGAAACAACUGGAGCAGGAAGCACACCGAGCAGCUGGACAAAUAUUUCUGUUGACCAGCAACACUCAGCUACGAACAAUUCUGUUUGAGAAGCUGCGUCUUCAUGAGCGCUGCGAAAACAAGAAGCUUCCCAAGACCAUCGGCAAACAGCAGCAGUCAACAUCUGAAGCUGCAUUGUUGCAGCUUCAGGACCUGCACCCUCUGCCAAAAAUAAUCCUGGACUACAGGCAGAGCAUACCUCCACCUGCUCCCAGUGCCCGUGUACACGUCACGCUGAUGGUUGAGAUCAACUAUCUUAUACUAGUUCCUCUAGCAAUGCAGAUCUAA